GCGGAAUCAUUUACAAUAACGAAAGUGAAAGAAAAAAGAAGCUGGGGUGAGCCGGGCUGGCGCAGGGAGUGUCGCGCCUUUUGUUUCUGACAACACUGGGAUCCUUGAACUGGAAUAAUUAAAAAUACUCACGUAGAGGCGGCGAUUCGAAUGGACCGAGGCCAGCGUUCAAUCUGAUGUAGGAUUUCCAUGUGGAGAGGAGCGACCGUUGCGAAAAGGUCAGUAUGUCCCGAUCGAAUAAAUGCAGCCCUUUUACCAUCGUACAUUACGUAAACAGAUGGAGCUCAGAGUGACACUUGAAGCCCUUUUUCUGAUGGCUGUCUUUCAUUUCCCAGGAUGUCAACAGGAAGACACAUUUGAAAUUAUUGUCCCUAAUAAUCCUGUUGUUGGCGUUGCUGGGAAAUCUCUCAUCCUCCCGUGCCGCAUCUCUCCGACUUUAAGUGCAGUGGACAUGGAGAUCACUUGGUCAAGAAACUCAGAGCUUAUAUACGGCUAUUCAAGUGGAGCGGAGAAGUUCGAUGAUCAGUAUUGGAAGGGCAGGGUGGGACUGUUCACGGAUGAGCUACAAAAUGGCAACGUAUCUCUGAGGUUACAAGAUGUGCGAGUCUCUGAUCUGGGCUCAUACACCUGCAAUGUCCUGACAUCGACUUAUUUCAGAGAUGGAACGUUUGCAUUAGAUAUUGUAGGAUUUGGAGAGGAGCCUCGUCUUUUUCUGGACAGCCCCCCAGGAAAUGAAAUUAAAUUGAAAUGUGAAUCACAGGGCUGGUUUCCUAAGCCAGUUUUAAGAUGGGGAACACUAAUGGGCCAGGACUUAACAACACGUGCUGACACUACGGAGAAUGAGGACAAACUCUCCCUGGUUGGAGUGAGCAGCACACUUUGGGUGACUGAGAGGGACAGACAUGGAGUCAUCUGUGUAAUUCAGCACAGUGAAACAAAGUCAAGCAUUCAAGCACAGAUUGAAAUUGACGAUGAUUUUUUUAGUCUCGUCUCACCUGGAUGGAAGACGUUCUCAAUAAUUUUAAUCCUUUUUGGAGUGGGAAUACUGCUGUCUAUUCCUGCUGCAAUUUUUUUGUUCAAGAAGUCUACAGUAAAAACAGAAUCUGAGAAGCAACGUCUUGAAUCAGAGAAUGAUGAACUACGGAAAGAAAUAAAGUCUACUGGCUACAUCUUCAAAUCAGAAUGGGAGAUAAUUCGUAAAGCAACUGCUCAUGUGACUCUGGACCCUGAAACUGCACACCCCAUCCUUGUUGUGUCUGCAGAUGGUCGUCAUGUACAAAAUCAACAUAAAGAUCAGAAUGUCCCUGACACUCCACUCAGGUUUGACACCUGGUACUUUGUCCUGGGGAGGGAGAGUUUCACCUCAGGACAGCACUACUGGGAGGUGGAUGUGAAGGAGAGGGCUGACUGGUGGUUGGGUGUCGUCAGUGAGUCUGCACAGAGAAAAGGACGAGUGAGUCUGAAACCACAGUCAGGAUACUGGAUUGUGAGGCUGAAUAGUGGUGAGCUGACUGCACUGACUGACCCUGAGACCCCACUGCGAUUGAGAGCGAUACCCCAGAAGGUGGGCAUGUACCUGGAUUGUGAUGAGGGGCGCCUCUCAUUUUACAGUGUGGAGGACCGCUGGCACAUCUACACCUUCAAUGUAAGCGUCACUGGGAAACUGUACCCGCUGUUUGAACCUGGAAUUGAUGAAGAAGAUCUUGAGAUCCUGCAACCUGGAGAUGAAACAAAUCACUCUGUCCAGCAGAAGGAAGUUGUCUAAUUGUGCUUGAGAUUAUUCUCUAAAUUGAACUGCUUCAAAUUGUACACGUACAAUUAUUGUAGAUUAGUCAUUUUUUUCAGCAUUUUCCAUGAAAAUAACAAAAAUGUUAAGGUGUUUUGAAAUGUUAACAGUGAUAUUUCUGGUACUGACACUAUUGAAUAAACACUAUGAACUUUU